AUAGCGGUGAAAAAGGUUAUGGAAUUUUGUAUACCUAUCAACUAUUGUAUCUAGUUUUGAACUUUUCUUUGAAACUCACCUUAUAACUAAGUUAAAUUCAAAGUAAUUUCGGGACUAACAUAGUUCAACUAUGAAGUAUCUGAAAUCGUAUCUGCAACGUAAGUGAGAUAACGGUAAAAUUUUCGAAAUUGGAAUUUGAAUCAUGGCACCGAAAGUAAAGAAAAUAAGAUAAUAGAUUUUUAUUUGCAAGCAAAAUGUUCGGGAUGUUAUCUCCAAAGCAAAGUAAUUUAACAAUUUGUUAAAAAAAACACGCCUGAAUGGAUUUUUUUAUAAAAAAACACACACACAAUUAGGCAUCAAUUGCCAUUAUUCUUCGUAUAUCAACGAUAAGGUAAGUAAUAUUUAUAUUCCAAUACCGGUAAUCAACAAAUUGCGCGCGUUCCUAUGCUUUGCAAUGUGCGAUUGAAGCUAACAUUGCGAUACCUUCCUAUGUACAUCACCUUAGCAACGGGUGUGUUUUCACAGUUUGUUAAUAUUCUCAGCCCGUUUUUGUGCAAGAUGGCUAGCCUUAAAAUCGGGAAUGAUACGGAAGAUAUGUUUUACGAGAAUCUUUCGCUUGGCUUAGCUAAAGUUCUAAACAAUAUCCCAAGAAUAGCAAACGUUACGUUGGAAAAAAGAUUACCUUGUGAAAAAGCACAAGUUACGGCCUGGGAAUCGCGACAUAAUGUGUAUUUGCCUGACGAUAUGAAGCGAUUUUAUCUUUCAACGGAUGGAUUCAAUUUUUACUGGAGCUAUCAAUAUUCCCCUAACGACAUCCGGCGUGUUGGCCACAUACACUUUCCUCAUCUCAUACAGAUAACUCUUGUGAGGGACAACAUUGAUACAAUUCUAACCGUCAGCCCAAACACCACCCUCACGGUUCCGCCCAUCAUCCGACAGUCCAACUAUGUCGAUAUGAGUUCAGGCCACUUGGAUCAUCUUAAUUUAAAUUCUAGAAGCAAAAUUUUUGAGCUCAGUACCAUUGCCAAUCUUGCUAAGGUGUGUCUUGUGUAUGAAACACCCGAAAGCUCGAGUCCAAAAAUAUUUCUGCUUGAAACAAACUCGUUACGAUGGCAAUUUCUUGCAGAAUCAUUCACGGAAUAUUUGCGAAUGAGUAUCGCACAUCUGGGCUUACCGUACUGGGAGCUGUGCUUUUCUAGCUGUGGCUUACCGGCAUGGACUGAACAGCUGUUUCUACUGCUGGCGCCGCAUCUUUUGGAGAAAAAUGAUAACCGUAGGUUGAAGAAUAUUGUAUGUAUCAAUGAAAACCCACCAUACAACGUUCUAGACGCUGGCGUGUUUCGGACGAAGUUACGAUGCUCGCGACAAACACAAAAAAUGCGCUUGAACAAUUAGUAACUUUAUACCUAUAUAUAUAUUUCUCGCAACAGAAAAGGCCCGGUAUAAGGCAAACUACAAGGAGGAAAGGCCUUAUCAACUUUGUGCUUACCCAAUCACGCGAAAUUAAAUAAAAAUUGAUAGAUUCUUGCUCUAGUA